AUGCUGACAAAAGUUGUGUUAGAUCUUACGGUACUUGCGAAUGCAGUGAGCUGUCAGUUCAACGAGACUUUUGCCAGUCAAAAGUCGAUUUUCAUCGCGAUCGCGGCGGAUUCGCCCUUUCUUCUGGACAAAUGUGUGGAAAGGGCGUUCGAUGACGGGAAAGUGAGGAGUAUUUUUGAAGAAUUAAGGGCUAAUAUUAUCUGAAACAGCUAAUUUUUCGUUCAGACGACACUACGAGCCACUGCCGAAUGUGGCCCAUCGCCAAUCGAGGCAAAAGUUUGCUUCGGAUUUGUGGGCUAUUCGCCGAAACAAAAAGUCAUCUAUCUUGGCUACAGGUUGGUAAUAUGACUGCCAUGAAAGUGACGUCACAAAAAAUAAUUUUAAUUUUAUGCACGGUGCAAAAAAUCGAAGUUUAUCUUUCGCACCGUGCGAAAAAUUUCACUGUUUUUUCUGCACUGUGCAACUGAAGUGUUAAACUAAAAUCAUGUUGACUGUCCAGAAGGAGAUGAAAACAGUCAUUAUCAAUGACAAAAAUAAGAUUUUUACUUCAUUAGAACCCUAAAUUUUGAAUUUGUUUCUAUGCACUGUGCAAAAUUUAAAAUUUUUGAUUCUUGCACUGUGCAGCAAAUUAAAAUUUUUUGUUGCUGUUAUUAUAAAAAUUUGUGGCAAUUUUGACACCUUGAUUUUUCAAAUCAUAGAUUUUUUACAUUUAAUUACUUUUAAAACCAUCUCCAAAUUUUGCACAGUGCAAAAAUAAUUUCCGCAAUUUCCACUUUCCAGAGGCAGUGUCAGCGUAAUUCAACUGACUUAUGAAGCCUAUCGCACCGUAUUUGAAGAACAACACGACGCCAAAAUUGGCGGCAAAAUCAGCGCCUACUUUUCCACGGCCUUCAACAAUUUGAGAAGUGCCGGAAUUAACGCCGAGGUGGUGAGAUUGGCCCAAAAAUAUCCAGAUUAUGAAGUUUGGGUCUCCGGACACUCUCUCGGGGCGGCAUUGGGUUCAAUGAACUUAUUGUGGUCGAUGGAAUCGAGGCGUCAAAGGUAAAAGAAUUUGCACUGUGCAAACCAAAGUAGCCUUCAUUUUGUACAGUGCGACAAAAAAAGCGACAAAAUUCGUAAUGCACUGUGCACAAAUCAACAAAAGCCAAAAAUUUGCAUAGUGCAUGCAAAAAAACGGAAAGUUUUGUGCCGCACAGUGCAAAAGCAAAAUAGCCUUUCACUUUGCACCGUGCGACGAAAAAGCGACAAAAUUCGAAAUUGCACUGUGCGAAAAUCAACAAAAGUCAAAUCUGCACAGUGCACAGCAAAAUAGCCUUUCAUUUUGCACAGUGCGACCGCAAGAGCGACAAAAUUCGUAAUGCACUGUGCGAACUUUUCGACAAGAGGCAAAUCUGCACAGUGCAAGAGAAUUGCUGCGCGUUUUGCACUGUGCGACCGCAAGAGCGACAAAAUUGGUACUGCACUGUGCACAAAUCAACAAAAAGCCAAAAAUUGGCACAGUGCAAGCGAAAAAACGGAAAGUUUUGUGCCGCACAGUGCAAAACAAAGCAGCCUUUCAUUUUGCACCGUGCGACCGAAAGAGCGACAAAAUUGGUUCAGAUUUUUGGCUCGCACAGUGCAAUGGAAAGAAAUUUGACAAGUUUUGAACGGCACUGUGCAAAACAAUAGCAGUUGAUUUUGCACUGUGCAAACCCCAACAAAAGUCGAAUCUGCACAGUGCGACGUCCAGAAAAGUUCGUUUCAGAUCAAACUCAUCACUUUUGGAGAGCCCAGAUAUGGUGAUUUGGAGUAUGCGGAAGCCUUCAACAAGCUUGUCCCCUAUUCUUAUCGAGUCGAGAACAAACGCGAUUUGGUCACUCAAAUUCCCCCGUACAAAUUCGAAAAUUACACACAUCAGAAGGUGGAAGUCUGGUACCCGGAUGCAGUGAAGGUCGGGAAUCGCUACAAGGAAUGCCCCGCAACUGAAGACCCUCAAUGUCAACUUUCGGUGAACCCAUUUCUCGAUGCAGAAGAUCACUUUUUUUACUAUUACGAUAUUGUCGCAGCUGCCGCAAGUGGAUGCAAAAUUUAA